ACACAGCUUCUCCGUUCCUUUUCUAAUUUAGAAAUCUGUAUCCAAAAAGAAGUACAAGAACACUAGUCUUGACAAGCGUCCUACCUGCAGAGAGAUUAGUUAGCAGCAGAGGCAGGAAUGGCAAAGGUUGCAGAGAGCAGCAGCAGCUCAAGAUGGUCUCUUGCAGGCAAGACCGCUCUUGUAACCGGCGGCACUCGCGGAAUUGGGUUUGCCGUGGUGGAGGAACUGGCUGAAUUGGGUGCGACUAUACACACGUGUUCAAGAAAUGCAGCACAGCUGAAUGAACGCUUACAAGAAUGGGCUUCCAAAGGGCUUAAGGUUACAGGGUCAGUUUGUGAUGUAUCUUCCAGGGAACAAAGGGAGCAGCUCAUGCAAAAAGUUUCAUCUGUUUUCGACGGCAAACUUAAUAUUCUUAUAAAUAAUGUUGGGACAAACAUCAGGAAGCCAACCACUGAUUAUAUCCCUGAGGAAUAUUCUAGGAUCAUGGCUACCAACUUAGAAUCCGCAUACCAUCUGUCUCAACUUGCUCAUCCUCUGCUAAAAGCUUCUGGAGUUGGAAGCACUGUUUUUGUUUCCUCUAUUUCUGGUUUGGUGCACUCAUCUUCAGGAUCUAUUUAUGGAGCAGCUAAAGGUGCAGUGAAUCAACUUACAAGGAAUUUGGCUUGUGAGUGGGCAAAAGACAAUAUUCGAGUUAAUUGUGUUGCGCCCUGGUAUAUCAGGACACCACUUGUGGAAAAUUUGCUCAGUAAUAAAGAGUUUCUGGAUAUGGUAAUAUCUAGAACUCCUCUUCAACGCCCUGGGGAACCGAAGGAAGUCUCAUCCUUGGUAGCUUACUUCUGUCUUCCUGCUGCUUCAUACAUCACUGGGCAGGUCGUUGCUGUUGACGGAGGAAUGACCGUCUUUGGGUUCGGAUUACCAGAAAGUUCCAAUUUCUCUUUAUGAUGCAACCUAUGGAAAUUUGCUCUCUUUUUCACUUUUAUGCUUUGAUAUUCAAAUCUUCCUAAUGUUCUUUCUUUCGUGUUGUGCUCUAAUUUGCUAAACAAAACAAAAAACGGCAGUAUUGUACCUCAAGUUGGAUGAGGGAAAAACUCUAGUUGCUUCACAAACUUAUCUUCUUGAUUCGAGAACUUCUGUGGCUUAUGGUGACGUUACGCCUUUAUCUUUGUUA